AUGUAUAUAGAGUAUGUAAGGAAGAAUUUCAAACCCACAUCACAAGAAUUUGAGUUAUUGAAUUCCUAGGAAAUAAUAGAAUUAUAUGAAUAUAUUUAGCAAUAAGGCGGAUUUAUUAAAGUAUCAUAAAAAUAUAAAAGUAGUAUUACUCUCAAUAGUAUAAUAAAUUUCAAUCAUAUGAAAACAAUCAAAUCCUACAUUUGUUUCAUAAAUACUUAUUAAAUUAUGAAUUGAGAACAACAAAUGUAGAUGGUCAAUAUUUAUAAAGAUGUGCUUAUAUUGAAUUUGAUAAAGCAAUUAAUUGUUUUACUGAAUCACCUGAGAACUGGAUUAAAGAUUAGGUUACUCUGUGGUCUUUACCUAAAGAUGUAGUUGCAAAAUUGAAUAAAAAUUUAUUCACAUUCUAAGAUUUAUCAAAGAAUCAUAGAAAUUUUGAAAUGGAUAUUAGAGGUUAGAAUCCAUUCACAGAUACUAUAAUGGCAAAAGAGGAAAAUUUUUAUUAGGCUUUUACAAUGACAAUAAAAUAAUAUAAAGAGUAUGCUGAAGAUCCAAAAUCUUUUUUUAAAAAUUAUCCACACUUUUGUAAAAAUAAAGUGUAUUAGGCAGUUAAUGUAGAUAUGGAAGAUUGGAAAGAAGAAAUUUAUAGAAUUGUUGAUUUUUUACCAAAAUUCUUUACAAAAAAAAAUGGGUUGAAUUAUUUGAGAUAAAAUUGUAAAGGGGCUAAUAUACCAGAAAUUUAUAUGAGAGUUUAGAAUUGCUGGAUUGGAGGAUAAUAGGACUUUUAAGGAUUAAGUUAGAUUAAUAUUAAUCAUGGACCUGGAGAUUGUUUAUGGACUAUUAUUGAUGCAAAUUAUAUUGAUAAACUAUUUCAUAUUAUGCCAGAUUUAUAUAAAAAGGAAGGUAGAUGGUAUGUUAAUAUUGCAUAUUUCUUAUAAAAUUAAAUACCUGUUAAAUAGGUUAUUUAAAAAGAAGGAGAUAUUCUAAUAAUUGGAGCUGGAUGCUUUUUUUAAGCAAAAAAUAUUGGAAAUUCAAUUCAUACAUCUUUCAACUUUUUAAUGAUGGAUGCAUUUUCAUUAUAAUAAAUUUAUAAGAGAUAAAUAAGAAAUGAUUUCUUCUAACUUUGGAGUGUGAUUGCUAUUAGAAAUUUAUUUUUAGAUAUUUAUAUACAUGAAAAACCAUCUAUUUUAAAAGAUUAUUUAAAAGGUUUUAUUGAUGAAGAAAUUAGACGUUAAUUAUCAAAGAAAAAUUAAACAAAUUUUGAAUUAUUUAUAUCAUCUAAGGAUGUGUUGAUUUGCUCUAAAUGUUUUAAAGAAAUCUUUAUUUUUUUUUAAUUUAUCAAAGAUUGGGUAAUAUAUUGUCCAGAUUGUUAUACUGAUGAAGAUGAUAUAGUAUACAUGAAAUACAAUAUAAUUUAAUUGAAAUGUCUCAUCUAGGCUGAUACAAUUUAAUGUUCUAAAUUGCUAUGUAGUAAUUAUGUUGGAGAAUCGAAAUGCACAUUAAAAUAGAAACUCUAUUAAAAAGUGCAAAUAUAACCUGAAGAUAAUUCAUCAAUUGUUGAAAGUAGACAAUUUUUAGAUGAAUUUAUUAUUGGAUUAAACAUUGAAUCCUCUAAUUCUCAAAAUCAAUAAAAUGCAAAAUCUUAACAAAUAGAUUGUGUACAUGAGGGAAAAAAACAAAUUAAAAAAAUUAAGGAAAAAAUUGCGAUGAUGAAAUUGCAACACGUAAAAUAGUAAAAACAUAAAAAGAAUGAAAAUUACUCAGAACUUUAGGUUUUAAAGUACAUUUAAAAAACAAAAAGAAGCAUCUUAAAUUGA